AGAUUUGGUGUGGCCUCAAGAUAAAUGAACCUAAAGUAACAACAGUUGUACCGAGACACAUAUACAUCUAGAACGUACUUGUCUGGAUCAAAACUCGUGACAGACUUCAGACGACAAAAUAACAACAUGAAAAACACCUUCCUGCUGUUGAGUCCAUUUCUACUAGGCAUCAUAAUGGGGCAACAAAUCAUCCCACCGGAGCAUCAGCUAAGGUGCAGGAUUUGUACGAACGCGUUGCAAUUAACGGACUGCAGCAGGGUAGCAGUGUGUGAUAACCGGACUGAGGAAUGCUUCAUGGAUAAUAUUCUGACCGUGAGCUACCAGAGUGUUUACGUGGGCGGCUGUAGGUCCCGACAGCAAUGUAACGGCGAUCCCAUGGCGUCCGUCGGCAAGAAGGAAACCCUGUACAUUUGUUCCAGUUGCUGUAGCAACGAGGACGAUUGCAAUCGACGUGUUUGUGGCAUCCACGACAACAAUGUGAGCGUAUCCCAGUGCUAUCACUGCGACUCCUCCAUCAUGGAUCCCCGGAACUGCGUCACAUUUUCCACUUGCGACACUAAUGAGGUGUGCUUCGCUAAAUCCAACUAUGUACCCGGGUCCCCCUUAACGUUUGCGUACGGCUGCCAGAGCAAAUAUCUGUGUAAAGCGUUGAUGACGAACAUAUUCCAUUACCUGGAUACGUGUUUUGGCAACUUCGGUAAAACACCCGAGUGUCAACACGAGAGCACGAUGUGCAACACGUGCUGCGCGGACGGCGGCUGUAACUUUGGCACGUGCAAGGAAAUACGGGACCGCCUCUAUCAGUUGUACAAGAAAGGCCUCUUCAGUCUAGACACCAUGAAAACCACCUUAAAGCCCUAACUCGGGAACACCUCAAAGAAAUGAUGGGAAACACAAAAGGAAAUGAAAAAAGAGACGUCUAAAUGACUGUUAUUAAAUUAUGAUGCUUACAAAAGAGUUUUAUGAAUAAAAAAUGUUAACUGCCCUUACAAUAA